AUGGAUGGAACCUUGUUAAAUACAGAAGACUUAUAUACGGAGGCUACAACAGAAUUAUUAGCAAGAUAUGGAAAAGGUCCAUUUACCUGGGAUAAAAAAAUAAAAGUUGCAGGAUUACCAGGGUCUUACGCUACAAAUGUUAUAAUUAAUGAGUAUAAGUUACCACUUACAGCAGAAGAAUAUUUGAAAGAAGUCUCAGAUAUUCAAUUAACAAAGUGGCCCAAAACCCAUUUUUUACCAGGGGCUUUAGAAUUAUUGGAUUAUUUAAAACAGAAAAAAAUUCCAAUGGCUUUGGGUACAAGUUCCACUUUAUUGAAUUAUGAGAGAAAGACAGGUCAUUUGAAAGAAGGGUUUGAAUAUUUUGGAGAUCAUAUAGUGACUGGUGAUGACAAAAGAAUAGCAGAUGGUAGAGGAAAGCCUCAUCCAGAUAUAUGGCAUGCUUGUCUAGACAGUAUCAACGCUGACAGGAAUUCAAAAGGGUUAGAGAAUAUAAAAAUAGAGGAGUGUCUAAUAUUUGAAGAUAGUCAUAUUGGGGUUAAAUCCGGAGUAGCCUCAAAUGCUCAUGUGAUAUGGAUACCGCAUCCUGAAGCUUCUCAUUUGUUUGAUGAAUCUGAAGAUGGUGAAUAUGAGAUCAUUACAAAUUUAAACAUGCUUGAUAAAGCUAAAUAUUAUUUGGAGUAA